AUGGCGGCACCCCUCACUAAGGGCUGGCCUGGCCUUGCCUUACAGGUUGGGUUUGACCCUCACCCCCCGAUGCGGGCCACGGGCCUGCCCUCCAGCCUCGCCUCCAUUCCUGGUGGAAAACCAGCCUACUCUUUCCACGUGAGUGCUGAUGGGCAGAUGCAGCCCGUGCCCUUCCCCCACGAUGCCCUGGCAGGCCCCGGCAUCCCCAGGCACGCCCGGCAGAUCAACACACUCAGCCACGGGGAGGUGGUGUGUGCGGUGACCAUCAGCAACCCCACGCGGCACGUCUACACAGGUGGCAAGGGCUGCGUGAAGAUCUGGGACAUCAGCCAGCCGGGCAGCAAGAGCCCCAUCUCCCAGCUGGACUGCCUGAACAGGGACAACUACAUCCGCUCCUGCAAGCUGCUCCCCGACGGGCGCACGCUCAUCGUGGGCGGCGAGGCCAGCACGCUCACCAUCUGGGACCUGGCUUCACCCACGCCCCGCAUCAAGGCUGAGCUGACAUCCUCGGCUCCGGCCUGCUACGCCCUGGCCAUCAGCCCCGACGCCAAAGUCUGCUUCUCCUGCUGUAGCGACGGGAACAUUGCCGUGUGGGACCUGCACAACCAGACCCUGGUCAGGCAGUUCCAGGGCCACACGGAUGGGGCCAGCUGCAUAGACAUCUCCCACGACGGCACCAAGCUGUGGACCGGAGGCCUGGACAACACCGUGCGCUCCUGGGACCUGCGGGAGGGCCGGCAGCUGCAGCAGCACGACUUCACCUCCCAGAUCUUCUCGCUGGGUUACUGCCCCACCGGGGAGUGGCUGGCCGUGGGCAUGGAGAGCAGCAACGUGGAGGUGCUGCACCACACCAAGCCCGACAAGUACCAGCUGCACCUGCACGAGAGCUGCGUGCUGUCCCUCAAAUUCGCCUACUGCGGCAAGUGGUUUGUGAGCACUGGGAAAGAUAACCUUCUCAACGCCUGGAGGACACCGUAUGGAGCCAGCAUAUUCCAGUCUAAGGAAUCCUCAUCUGUCUUGAGUUGUGACAUUUCGGCGGAUGACAAAUAUAUUGUAACAGGCUCUGGUGACAAGAAGGCCACGGUUUAUGAGGUCAUCUACUAAACAAGGACUGUAACAGGGCUGUCAAACUCUGGGAGAAACAGACUCAGCUGUGCCAGGGAGACCCCGGCGAGGGUCUCCGUGGACGUGGAGGAUGGGCGGCGAGCGGGCCAGCGCUGUGCUCCGGCGGCUGAGAAGGUGCCCCCGUCACGGUCGGGACUCCCAGGCGUGGACUGAUGGGACUCACGGACUCUGAUGGAUUUCUCCUCUCCUCCCCCCCUUAACAAUCCUGGCAGAUGCUACACAUAGAUUUAUUCGGAGGCUCGUGGCUCCGGCUCCCCACAGACACCCUCAUGAAUCUUACCUUCCCCUUUUGUUUUUGAUGUGUUCCCCUGCCCUGGCUCGGGGACACUGGAGCGUGGACCACUUGUUUGUGCCAGGGGAUGGGGGUGGGUUUCACGUCCCUGACUGUGCGGCGCACAAGGUUUGUGAAAAGUGUAAAUAACAGACUCCUAUCUCGGACUGGUCAGCGGGGGGCGGGGAGGCCCCUUCCCACCGGCAACGCCAGCCGUGUAUUUCGCCUGCUGUAUUUGUAAUCCACUCAUGGUGGUGGCUUUUUUCUUUUCUUUUUUUUUUUUUUUUUUUUUUUUAAAAAAAACAACAAAAGUUCCCAUCUGGGAAGGGGAGGCAGGGAGCGGGGUGCAGAGUGGGGAGAACACUCCUGGGGUGGAGGAGACGCACUACGGCUGGCAGCCAGGUUGGCUGUCAGGUACCCUCCUGGCCAAGUGUAUCUCCAUGUGGACCUGGGAAUCGUUGGAGGCGUGUCAGGACCAAGCUCCAGACAGACUGACGGACUGACAGAGCUUGAGAUGGGUGCCAGCCCGGGCUGACGGCAGCAGAAAUGGUGGGUUUUUCUGUAGUCUCCUGAGCUCCAUGCUCCCCUUUCAGGUGUCUGACCCCCUGUCUCUCUCCGCCCCGCUCUCCCUCCCUCCCACCCUGACCUCCAUCUCUCUUUGGUGCACACUUGGUUAUGGUGAUGAGAAAUGGAAGUUCAAAGCCACUCUGUCUCUGGCCCUUCUUAAUCUCCGGACACAACCUAAAAAGGACACAAAGUUAGAGGAAAGCAUAGCGACUCAGCUCAGGGAGCUACCAGAGAAAAAAUAGCAACUGAUGUGGGUGCUUUUUUUUUUUUUUUUAAGUUGAAUAAAAGGAAUUAGAAGUGAUGUCCUUUCAUAAAAUGCCUUCUCUCCCCUUUCCUGCCUCUGACCUCCUCCUCUCUCCUUAGAGGGAAAGUGUGUAUUUACCCUGCAGAGCUGUGAGUCUGAGGUUUAUCUCCCCCCUGCCUGGGGAGAGGGGACUUGGGGUUGGGCUGGGGGCACACUGGGCUGACUUCUUGUAGCUUCCCGUCUCUCUUAGGAGCCCAGACAGCUUACAGGUAGAAUAUCGUCUCCUGCAGGUGCCACUUUUUUGGUACCAAAAUGUUCUGAGGUAUUAGGAUUUUGGUGGGUUUUUGGUCUUUUGGGUUUUUUUUUUUCCUUUUGGUCUUAUUUUUUCUUCUUCUAAGGAAAAGCUAAAGGCCGUCAUGAGUCCUGGUGGUGGGCUCUCCAUGGAUGUAGCAUAUGGAAGAUAAUUUUUAUACUGCAUUUUUAUGGAUUAUUUUAUAAUGUGCGAUUCUGUCUGGUGAGAAGGAAGGAGGGGCUCUGGUGAACCACGCCCCUACCCCCCCCCCCGCUCUUGUUCCUGGGGGAGCCCCUCCCCCGACCUGGCAUGGGAGGCUGCAGAGACGAGAGCAGGGUGCCCUUCCCUUUCUAAGGCUGGGGAGGCAUAUCCAGAGUCUGUCUGUGUCUCUCCCUCGCUCCCUCUCUCUCUCUCUCUCUCUCUCUCUCUCUCUUUCUCUCUCUCUCUCCCUCCCUCUCUCCCUUCUCUCUCUCUGGGUCUCAGAUGCUCAGCUGCCACCUCUUGUUAAGGCUCUCCCCACAAGGGAGGGCGAGGGUGGAAGACAAGUUGAUUCCUGAAG